AUGGUGUCCUUCUUCUCUUCGCCAGGAGCGCUAGUGGACACGUUGGUGAGGAUGGCCCGUUCUCUCCACUCGCAGCUCGCAGGGCCCGCAUUCGCUGAUGGGCGGAGAGCAGCUGAUAAUCAAACCUAUUGCCUGCCCAGCUCUAUAAGGUAUUCCAACGGGGAUCUUCUCGCUCGGGUAAAUGAUGGGCUCUUAGUGGGCAAUCCCCUUUUCUCUUUGCUGUUGCUUUCGAAUCCGCAGAUAGGCGAGACCUAG